AUGGCGGAAAACUCAAUCGUGGAUUCAGGAGUCAAAGGUAUGAGUUGUUCGACGCCAGUCAACCCUUUUAAACCGACCAACCCGUUUACACCCGCGUCUGAUUCAUCAGUGAAUUAUUUUGGAAGCCCAAGUCGCCGAUUUCACUCUCCAAACCCAUUCGCACCCGAAAGCGAUACAGAUCAUAAUUCAGCCGAUUUGUUUACACAAAGCCGAAAGUUUAACAAACCUGUUAAAAAUCCAGCAGAUUAUGAUGGUAGUCAGUCGCUUCGAGACUAUUUGCGACACUUUGAGCGUUGCUCAGUUGUUAAUGGUUGGAGCAAAGAUGAAGCUGCCGUAUUUCUGGCCGCAAGCCUUUGCGGCGAAGCUCAAAAAGUGUUAAAUGGCAUGUCUGAUAGCGACUGUUGA